GCAGAGUGGUGCAACCUGCAGCCCAAGGAUGCUGCCAAGAUGCCCGAGAGCGCCUGGAAGCUGUUUUUCUACACCUUGUCCUGGUCCUACGGCAUCUACCUGCUCUUCUUCACGGACUAUACCUUCUUCUAUGACCCUCCCUCUGUCUUUUACGGCUGGAAGAAGGGCAUGGAGGUGCCCACGGACAUCGCCAUCGCCUACCUGCUGCAGGGCAGCUUCUACGGACACUCCAUCUACGCCACCGCCUACAUGGACACGUGGCGCAAGGACUCGGUGGUCAUGCUGCUCCACCACGUGGUCACGCUGACCCUCAUCGCCUUCUCCUACGCGUUCAGGUACCACAACGUGGGCAUCCUCGUGCUCUUCCUGCACGACGUCAACGACGUGCAGCUGGAAUUCACCAAGCUCAACGUCUACUUCAAGCACCGCGGCGGGGUUUAUCACCGGCUCAACGACGUCAUCUCCAACAUUGGCUGCCUCACCUUCAGCGUCAGCUGGUUCUGGUUCCGUCUCUACUGGUUCCCCCUCAAGGUGCUCUACGCCACCUGCCACUCCAGCCUGCAGGUGGUCCCCAACAUCCCCUUCUACUUCUUCUUCAACGCUCUGCUCCUCAUCCUCACUCUGAUGAACAUCUACUGGUUUCUGUACAUCGUCCUGUUCGUGGCCAAGGUGCUGAUGGGGCAGAUGCAAGAGGUGAACGACGUGCGCGAGUACGACGUGGUGGACAGCAAGACGAGCCGGGCCAAGAAGAGAGCGGGGGCCCUGCAGCUGCCGCGGGCGCUGAAGGACGGGACACACCUGAGGAACGGCCUCGUGAAGGACAAGCGGUUGUAG